AUGGCCUCACCAAGUCUGGACCAGGCCUCCACGCCUCCCGCGGCAAUGGCAACAACUCCGUCUACCAACGUCGCCACCGUCAGCCCUGCAUCACUCCAAGCCCAGCUUGAAGCUCGAUCUUUAGCUCCUGUCGACGGCGCAGCUUCGCACGGUGCCGUGUGCGAUACCAGUGCAUCUGCCUCCAGCCCCACCUACCCCACCCUCAGCCUCGCUAUGGCCGGGCACGUCUUGGGCGCUGCUGGCCCCGCUCCAACUUCCAGCAGUGUUGCGCCUCCCAACGAUACAGUUGGCGUUUCAUCUCCGCUCCACCUGUACAGCGCGCCUGCACGCCCCUCUGACUCGAAAGAUCUCGCUCACCCGGUCUUGAUCACUUCCAGUCACGAUGCAAACGCCCAUAGACUUGCACCCGCCAGCACAUCACCUCCCCUUCUCAGCGCCCAUGAUCCCUCGAGCCCCUCUGCAUCUAUCUCGCCUUCGGUCGUCUCUGGUUCCUCAACACCAGCGCGUUCCGCCAUGAGCGAGCUCCAUCUCUACUCCCAGCAGAUUCAACAGCAGCUCCUUCACCAGCAUAUGCAUCACCAACUAUUCAAUGGCCGAACCAAGUUGUCCACCGGCUCGCCUCCCUCCAACGCGCCAGAUCACAGUCCGUUACCUUCCACCAGUGCCAGCGCGUACAGCUCGCCCCCUGUCUCGGGUCGCUCUGACAUUCAAACUCACACCAGCAGUCGUCGAAUGGUUAACCAGUAUCUCAUCGAGGGUGAACUUGGACGAGGUGUUCACGGAAAGGUGCGCCUCGCUCGAGAUCUCGAAACUGGCGAGCGCGUAGCCGUCAAAAUCGUUGAGAGGGAAGCGCGCAAGCGGCUCGGUGCAGGCCUAGGUUUGCUCAACCGUAACAAUCGCACCAAGGAUCCCUCGCGUCUGUCUCCUGCUCACUUCGACCCACCAACUUCUCCCGCCCAACAAGAGGGGAAUGACCUCCAUCCCAGCUCUGACUCACCGCAUGAAGACUCAGCCUCUACAACAGUCAAGGGCGUCUCCACCAGCCCCUCAACCCAGUUUGCUCCUAUACCCAACCUGCCGCGCUCGCCUUCUGCCUCUGCUUUUGGCCUCUCACGAUGGGGUCCGUCCGACAGGGACGCCGAGCGUCGUCGCGAAAAGGAGCGGGAGAAAGCGAGAAAGGCGCUUCUUUGGACUACAGAUCAAAAAGUUCGCCGAGAAAUCGCCAUCAUGAAAAAGUGCAGUCACGACAACGUCGUCCAGCUCAAAGAGGUCAUCGACGAUCCGCAGAGCAAAAAGAUCUUUAUGGUGCUCGAGUUCAUGGAGGGAGGUGAAGUGGUCUGGAAAGACGACCAAGGACAUCCCGCGCUCACCGUAGAUCAAUCCCGUCAAGUUCUUCGCGAUGUCGUCUGCGGGCUCGAGUAUCUUCACUACCAGGGCAUCAUUCAUCGCGACAUCAAGCCUGCCAACUUGCUCUGGGAUAAUCACCACCGCGUCAAGAUAUCAGAUUUUGGUGUCUCUCAUUUCAGCUAUGCCAUGAUGAUCGCCAAUGAUCACGCUGCCGCUUCAUCUGCAUCUUCCUCAUCCAGUAGACUCAACACGCAGCUUACAUCUUCUUUGUCUGAUCCAAGUCUCGCCGACGACCGCGAGCUCGCCAAGACGGCCGGAAGUCCCGCCUUCUUCGCACCCGAGCUCUGCAUGUCUUCUUUUUCCUCGACUAUUCAUUCCACCGAUCUGACAAGCGGCUCCAAUGCAGCCUCUCCAGCUGAUGCCGCCACCACCACGCUUGCAAGACCACCUACACGACCCAAAGUGACUAAAGCCAUUGAUAUUUGGGCCCUGGGUGUCACGCUCUACUGCCUGUUGUUCGGUACGACCCCAUUCACAGCCGAGUCCGAAUACGCCUUGUUCGCCGUCAUCCCGAGCACCGAUUAUUCCAUCCCUACCUUUAUGGGAGCAGAUCGAGUCCGUGUCGGGCCGAGAAAACCCCGAUGGCAGUCUCGAUCACAGUGGGUAGACGAGGAAGCCGAUGCUCAGCCAGCAAGCCCUUCUGAGCUCUGUCCGGAUGUCGACCCGGACAGCCUGGAAGAGGAUGCACGCCAGUUGCGCGACUUGUUGGACCGCUUGCUUGAAAAGGAUCCUACCAAGCGCAUCACCCUAGAAGACGUCAAGAAACAUCCGUGGGUCACUCGUGGUCUGCAAGACGCGCCUGCUUGGCUCUCAGAGACCGAUCCACAACACAUGCCCUUCGUCGAAAUUUCUCAUGCCGACGUCGAGGAUGCCCUGACAGGCUUUUCCAAGCUCAAGCAACGCGUUAAGAGGUGGCAGUCCAAGCUGCUCGACUCUUUUGCUGGCGGACGACGACGCAGCAAAUCCGUAAACCAUUCAUCGGCAGCCUCUUCCUUCCAUGCCGAUCUGCAGUCGAAUUCUGGUGCUAGUUCGCCCCAUCCUAGUCGAACCCCAGGCUCAGACAACGUCGCUACAAUGCCUGUUGCCCCCUUUGACUCGUCAAACCAAUCGGGUCCUUCCACCUCAUCGGUACGGUUACCGCGCACCCCUCUCAAGGGUCACAUGUUCUUUUCGCGACAGAAGAGCGCCAACUCGGUGGGUAGACGCGACGGAGCUACCGCUCUUCGUGCUCUCACUGCAGCUUAUCGCAAUGACGAAUCGGACUCUGUCGCUUCAGAAUCGCCACGCAUCAACAGCUCAGAUACGCCGAGCAAGUCCACCGCCAGCCAGGCGCUUUCUGCACUUCAGACAUCGCCCCGUGUUUUUCAAGACAAUACAACCGAGGUUCAUGAUCAAGCUACCAGCUUUUCGCCCAUGCUUCCUCCCCCCCUGCUCGUCGGUGGUUCAGAUGAUGGCACCAUGAGGCCACCGAAACUCGCAUCUUACCGCAAAGCGUCAGCACAGUCUACAAGCAGCGCAGGUCUGCGGCUCGACGCUGGCCCCGAAAUACCGCAGCGCAUCUCUUCUGAUACGCAUGGCGCCGCUCGUCGGGUGAGUGCGACCUCGGCCUCGCCUUCGCUUCAUCCUUCUUCGCCUCGAAUGCCGUCGAUCCAUCGCGCCACAAGUCGACAGGGCUCCGGCCAUCACGAUGCGCAUCUGCAGCGUGCCGCUUCACCGCGACGCUCCGUGGACUCGGAAGGCAGAUCUUCGACAUUGAGCAUCUCGCAAGCCUCGCGCGUUUCAGGCCGCCAUCGUCUCGGUGACUUCUUGCGCGGCAGUUGGCUCAUCGCUGGCGGUGACGAUCGUAAUCUCAGCUCUUCUAGGCCCAGCACUCGGGGCUCAAGGGAUGCACCACCCUUCCCUUCAAGCGUGCUUAGCACGAGUGUCUCCAAACGAAGCGGAAGCAUCGGUAGCACUGCCAGCAGCGCCAGACCAGGUGUCACUUCUGCUGUGGGUAGCAUGGGACCGCUCUCAGUCGAUACUCACAGCGCAACCCAGCAAGCUGGAGCUCGACCUGAGUCGGGCACACCGACAAGUGCGCCCGUGCCUGGCAACAACAGCAGAGGUGGCCUUGGCGGUGCUCCAAGCUUGUCUACGGAGGUGCUUACUGGGCCCAUGGAAAGCGCCAGUCUUUCCCAAAGUGCAUUCAGCGCUCUCAGCCAGCCAUCGUCGCCCUUGGCUGGAUCGGGAUCGGACGCCGCGCAGCCGUUCGCUUUCGAUCGGCUUGGCCGGCGUCGUCACUUUGACGCGCCUCCAGAAGAUCUUAGUUAUAACGAGAAUGACGAUGUCGAUCUUGAGCUGGAACUUUCGGAUGAUGAUCUCUCGGAUGAUCUUGACGAUGUACAUACCGCGAGCCUGGGGCCCAUGUUGGUCAAUUCGGGUCAAGGUUGGACCGUUCACCACGGUGACGGCGAGCGUGUCGAUAUGGCGCACGCAGCCUUCCUUCCUGAGGCUUACUGUCGCAAAGGAUCGAGCGGUAGCGAUAGUUCCAACGACAUUCUCACGCCCUCGGUUGAAGGCGGUUACAACGUGUUCAAGCCGCCGUAUCAGCACAUCCUGUCGCCUGCUGCGUCUUCGGCCUUGCCGGACAAUCAUGUUUCAGCUGGUCCUGCGAGUGCUGGCAACGAGACUGCAGCGCCGAUAUGCCAGACAUUUGCGAUGGGCGCUACCCUGUCGAGUGAGGCAGCUGCACUGCGGAAAGCUGACUUUACUGAGCUCAGUGUCGGCCAUGACACUCUUCCAGACCCAAUGGUGAAGGAAGGCCGCGUGUACGAAUCAACUCCAACAAGCUCAGGGAGCGUGUCUCGGUCCGCUUCGCAUCGACUGCAUGGCUCGGACGGAUCGUCGCGAGCUGCAUCAGCCACAGAGACCCAGGCUACACGAUCCGAUGUUGGUGGUGUGCCAUCGGAAACAAAGGAUGUAAAAGUGCCGGAGGAAGUUUUUGAAAACGUAAUGCCAAACGCAAUGCCCGCGACGGAAGAGUCGCAAUUUGCGGACGCUGAGGAAGACGCGUCUCGCCAGGAUGAGCUUGACUCCAUCUCUGCCAAGCAUGCAAUGCUUUCCGGCUCAGGAGCGCCGAUUGGAAACGAGGAGGAGGAUGACAGCGACGAUCAAUGCGUCAGUUUUCAGGCUCGUCGCAAACGAUCGACUCGCUUCCGCACGCUCCACUCCGUGAAUGGGCAGGCUUGA